AUGAACGCCGAGCGCAAGAUCUGGCGCGACGACGACGGCAAGACCCUCGGAUACAUCAAAAACCAUCGGACCCUGACGCACGUGGUCAUCCGCAACGCAGGCCACAUGGUGCCCCACGACCGGCCAGAGGUGUCGCAAGCGAUGCUGGAGACCUGGGUCGAGUCGACACGCAAAGGGGACGACCGCAUGGCUGCGGCGGCCGCUGCAGCCGCCGCCCAGGGGGCCCGCGCUCUGGCGAUGCCAACCGCAGGCGGCGCGGCUGACGUGGCGGCGUCGUGA